AUGGCGACCGCGUGCGCCCGCUGCCUCCGUACAGCCGCAUCUCCAUGGCGACCGCGUGCGCCAGCCGCCUCCUUGUUCCGCUGCGCCCUCCGCGCCCCCGGAGGGCGGGUGACUCCACACCAAGGAUGCGCGGUGGUCCCCAGAGGAGUGCUUCCUCCCGGCCGACUGAUGGAGGGGAGCGGUUCCCUCUCCGUUCCCUGCGGGGCUGGUGACCCGGAGAGUCCCGCUGGCCAGGCUGGGAGCAAGCCUGCUUCCGCCUCCAGAGACGUUCACCAGGGGGUCAUCUUCUCCUCCUCAGCGAUUUUAGACUUGAGUCAAAGUGGCCUUCACCAUUUGGGGGAGAUCUUUAAAGUCCCCAACCUGAGACAAUUGCACCUUCAGCGAAAUGCCCUGAGCACAAUUCCUAAAGACUUCUUCCAGCUGCUGCCCAACCUCUCAUGGCUGGACCUGCGAUUCAACAGGAUCACCGCGCUACCCUCUGGGAUUGGCUGUCACAAGCAUUUGAAAACUUUGCUUUUAGAAAGAAAUCCCAUCAGAAUGUUACCCGUGGAGCUGGGGAGCGUGACCACCCUGAAGGCCCUUAGUCUGCGGCACUGCCCCCUGGAGUUCCCGCCGCUGCUUGUGGUGCAGAGGGGGCUGGUGGCCAUCCUGACCUUCCUGCAGAUCUGCGCAGCCGAGCACGGGGCCCCCCGUGAUGGCUCCCCUCAAGUUAAAAAGAUGACCGUAAGGGACCUGCCACAGCCUCUGUUGGACUUACCCGAAGAACGCGUGCCUAACCAAGAAACCGUUCGUUCUCAGGCGCCAAAGGGAAGCGCAAUAACAGAAAAGGCAGGCUUUUCCCCACCUGUCGGAACACUAGAACCGCACGAGCCCGGGAAGCCCACCGAGCCCCCGGAGGACUGGCCGAGCGAGGACGAGAUCCGGCGGUUCUGGAAGCUGCGGCAGGAGAUCGUGGAGACUGAGCAGGCCGGGGCGCUGGGGAGCCAGCUCCUGCCAGCAGAGCUGCCCCCCAGCCUCAGGGCCGCGCUGAGCUCCAGCAGGAAGCCGCUCCCCCACCCGAGGCCCGUCUGCAGGAUGAAGGUGCCUUCUUUCCAGGGCGUGCUGCCCGAGUUGGACUCCACCCGGCAGGCCCUGGUCCGUGCCAGCCAGCUCGGGGAGAGCAGGGGCCUGGCCCUCCGGGAGCUGCGGGAGAGGCAGGCUCAGGAGCAGAGCAGGAGAGACAAGCGAGCUUUGCAGGAGUGGAGGGAGCGCACCCAGGUGAUGAAGAGAAGGCCAGAGGAGCCCCUGCGGAGGAACCCAGGGGCGGCAAAGAUAGCCUUUGCCACGGACCCAAGAGGGAACGAGAAAAUACCGAAGAAUCCGCCUGGAAGAGUGAAACAGAGCAAAGAGAAGCUGCUUGGCCUCCAAGGGCAGAUUCUGGAGGAGACACUGAAGCCCCAGGCCCAGCAGCUGCAGGCGCGGAGGAGCAGGUUCCGGGGGCUGGCCCCCCUCGAGGACGUCGGGAGGGCCGCCCGGGACGUGCAGAUGGCCCGGAGGCUGCACGAUGAAGUACUGAAGCUGAAACUGAGGUCGGCCUUGAACAGAAACCACCAGUGUGCUGCCCUGCCCGGGAGCCUGUCGCUCAGGCCGGCUGUGUCCCGGCCUCAGAAUAUAUUUUUUAACCCAAAGUACUAA